GUGUGUGCGCGCGCGCGCGCGUGUGCGCGUGCACGUGUGGAGCAACCUUGGGAGCAGGGUGCCCUGGGUCUGCGUUCGGGCAGACGAGAAUAGCCCUCGAGCUAUGAGCUGGCCGACUGGCCGUGGGCUCUUGCCCAGGCUGCGCAGGGGCGAGCGAGCCGCAGAGAUGCCACGCCGCUGCAUGCGGCUCAGCAGUUCUGGGCGCGGACUUCGCAGGCCAAGGGGGAAGAGAUGGGUUGCAAGGACGUCCCGCGGCCGAAGAGUAAGGCGCCGAGUGAGGUCCUUGGUGUGGGAGAUGCGCCGUGUCAGUGCAGAGAGGCUGCAGCAGUGUCGGCAGCCACAGGGGAGAAGACCAGCGGCGGAGGCGGCCGCGGGGGCCAACGAGGCUUCGAGGACUCCUGGCACUGCAGACUCGAUUGAGGCUGCAGGGGACCCUGGGGCUGUGUGGGUGAACGGAGCUGUGGGGGAACCCCAGGUGGUGGGGCCUGCGGGGUCUGUGUGGGUGACGGGCACUGGGGAGGAGGAGCCGGGAGUUUAUAGGAGUCCCCGGGGCUGUGAGAGGAAAGGUCGUCCUGGAUCUAUGGGGCAUGAGAGCAUUUUGGAGCUGUGGCUGAAGGUGCAGGCUAUGAGGGCAGCUUCAGGAUGUGGGGAAGGAAGCAGAGUCGAGCUCCAUCCUGUACCUCCGGGAGAGGGGCCAGUUGAGAGGGGUGUACCUGGCCGAGCUUCGUGGGUUGAGACCAGCCGGGGUGGUCUUACAGGACCAUGGGUGGAAGGACAGAUCAGGACAGCCCUCCAGGCCUCAGGAAUAUCUACAGGCCUAGGGGCAGGUUGUGAGAGACUCUCAGGCUUGUGUGGGCCUGGACAGGCUGUGAGGGACCCACCUGUGGGUAUGCCUGGGGCUGUAGAGAUGAGCUCUGGGUUGGUCCCACCCCUGCUGGGGGGAGGACAAGCUAUGGGGGUACCUGGGACAGUGGAGGAGACAGGCUAUGGCCUUGCCCCAGGCCCUUGGGGGAAAGGACCGACUAUGGGGGUGCCUGGGCCCAUGGGGUGGCCUGAAGCUGUGGAGGUACCCAGAGCUGUAGAGGCAGAGGUAGGCUGUAGGGGUGCUCCAGGUCUGUGGGAGAGAGGGCAAUCAGUGCAGGUGCCAGGGGCUCUGGUACAAGAGGCAGUCUGUGGGGCUACCCCAGGCUUAUGGGGAAGGGAACAGGUUGUGGGGAUACCCAGCACUGUAGAGGAAGAAACUGCCUCCAUGGGUGCUCCAGGCGUAUGGCGGAGGAGACCUCUGGAGGAGGUAGGCCCUGGGGGCAUCCCUGACCUGUGGGGUACCAGAGAGCCUGUAGGGGUACCUUGUGCUAUUGAAGAGGAAACUAGAUGUGGUGGUGACCCAGGGUUCAGGGAUAGGGGACAGGCUGUGUGGGCAGAGACAGGCUCUGCAGGUGACUCAGGAUCAUGGGAAGCUGUCCAGACGGCAGAGGUAUCUGGUUCUGAUGAGCAGCAGGCAGGUCCUCUGGGUGCUCCAGGCCUGUGGAGUGUGGGACAGGUUAUGGGAGAACCUAGAGCUUUGGGGAAGGAGGUGGGCUGUGCGAGUGUCCCAGGUCUGUGGGGGACAGACCAGACUGUGGGUGUGUCCCAGGCUGGGGUGGUGCCAGGAGCCAUCGGAGAGCAGACAUGUUAUGGAGGUAUCCCAGGCCUGUGGGACAGGCAGCAGGCUCUGGGGGUGCCCUUGGCUGACUCAAUGCCCGGGGUGGUUGGGCAGGAGCAAUGCUGUGAGCAUGUCUUGAGUCUGUGGGAAAGGAGGCAGGCUGUAGGGGAGCAAGAGGCUCUGGUGCCUACGGCUUUAGGGGUACCUGGUUGUGUGGAUCAAGACACUGGCUAUAGGGAUGUUGCAUGUCCGUGCAGGAGGAGAGAACAAAGGAGGGAACAGGCUGUGGGCUUCUCUGAGACAAUAGGGAUGUCCGAAGCAUCAGGCAUGCCCAAGCACAGGUGUGCCUCAGCAGGGGUGCCCACAGCCACGGGCAUACCUGCAUCUGGAAGGGUGCCUGCUGCUGUGUGGGUGUCUGGCCCUAUGUGCCCAGAAGUCAGCUCUAGAGAUGGCUUGAACCUGUGGGAAAGAGUUCACUCUACUAGAAUACCCAUGGCUUCAGGGGUAGCUGUGGCUUCUGAGGAACUGCUUCCUGUGAGAGAGAACGCUGGUUCUAUGGCUUUCCCAGGAUUAUGGGGAGGGAGGCAAGUUAUUGGGGUUCCUGAGACCGAUAGGGUUUCUGUGGCCCCAGAGGUACCUGGCCUUUUUGGGGAGGAGAGUGUCUCUGGGGGUGUCCCAAGAUCUUGGGGAAGGAGACAGAGUGCCAGGGUUCCUGUGGCUGCUGUUGAGGUGCCCAGGGCUCCUGGGGUGCCUUGUCCUUUAGGGAUGGAGACUGGUCCUGGGGGUUUCUCACAUUUGCCAGGAAGGAGACAGAUUGCAGGAAUACCCAUGACUGCAGUAGUGUCCACAGCUGGUGGGGUGCCUAGGCCCAUGCAGGAGGAGCCUGGUUCUGGAGGUGUCUCAGGCUCGUGUGGGGAGAGAGAGGCAGUGCAAGGACCUGCAGAUGCCAAGGGCUCCACAGGGAUGGUGAUGCCCGCCACUGCCCGGGUGCCUGGGCCCAUGGGGGAAAAGGUGGGCCCUGGGAGCAUCUCAGACGUUUCUAGAGGGAGACAGACUGCAGGGGUGUCCAUGGCUGUGGGGCUGUGCACAGACCCAGGGGUGCCUGGGCCUGCAGGAGAGGAGACACUCUCUGGGGGUCUCUUGGGCUUAUCAGGAAGAAGGCAGGCUGCGGAGAAGCCUGUGGCUGCUAGAGUUUCCAUGGCUGUGGGAGUGCCUGCAGCUACUGGGGUCCCUGGGCCAACGGUGGGUGACACUAGCUCUGAGGAUGUCUCAGGUGUGUGGGGAAGGAGACUGGCAACUGAGAGGCCCACUGCUGCCAGGGCUUCCGGACCUGGGGAUGGGGAGACUGGCUCUGAAGGUGUGUCAGGUCUGUGGAGACAGAGACCCGAUGGUCAGGUCCCUGGGGCUGUGAGGGCACCCUCGUCUUUGGGUGUGCUUGCAGCUGUAGGAGUUCCUGUGGUGGGGCGCAUUCCUGCUGCAGUGUGGGUCACUGGGUCUGCAGGAGAAGAAAGGAGUGCUGCUGUCGCAGGCCUCACAGUGUCAAGGAGACAGUCUGCAGAGGGACCUGGGGCUUCAGGGGAAGAGACAGGAGGUAGGAGUGUCCUGGGGCUGGUGGGGAGGAGCCAGGCAGCGGGAGUAUCUUACACCCACGGGCAAGGGACCAGGUUGUGUAGCUGCCCAGGGUCUGUGGGGCCAGAAACAGACUGUGAGAAUGUGCCAGGAGUGUCAGACACAAGAAGGGCUAUGGGGGUGAGUGAAGCUGUGGAUGUGUCCCCAGUUUCAAGGGAGGAAACAGGCACUGGCCGUUUCAGGGACCACCUGCAGCAGAGAGGGAGGAGACAGGCUGGACGAGUGUCUCGAAUCAGAGUGAGAGGGGACAGUUUGCGAGAAAAUUGUGUGGGGGAGGAUAGACUGAGGGAGGCAUUCCGGUAGUAUGUGUAGGGAACAAAUUGGGGGAUCCUGGGACUCUGGGAGGGAACAGUUUAGGGGGAGAUUUGUUUUGGGUUGUGGGUGAAGGCACAGGCUCUAGGGGUGUCUCAGGGUGGGGGAGAGAGAUACUUUGUGGAGGAGAUCCCUGGUAUGUGGGGUCACGUUGGGUGGUUUCCUGGAGCAGCUGGAAAGGCACAGGUUGUAAAGAGAGAGGUGUCCCAGGACUUUGUACAGGGGAACAGUUUGGGGGUGGGUGUCCCUGGACUCUGUGUGUGUGUGUGUGUGUGUGUGUGUGUGUGGCGCAUCACUUGAGCUCUCCUGGAACUGUGGGGAUCAUGUUGUGUUUUUCCUGGUAGAGAAUGGAUUAUUAGGCCUCUGGCACCCUGGGGGAAGGUGUUGAGCAUAUAAAAGUUGCGGUUGACCUGGCCUCAGUUCUGCAGACGCCCCUGAACUGUGGUGUUAGCAAGCCACUUGGGAUUGCCUUGCUCAUGUGCCUCCUCCCGUCUUCGUUUUGAUUGUGACUCUACAGCCUUAGAAAUAAGGAAUCUUGGACAGCAACCUUUAUAUUCCUUCAGAUGUGUCUGUCUUUAAGCAAAUCCAGCCUACAAAUGUUGGGUUUAUUUAGAAACUUAAAUUAGGAAUUUUUUAAAAACCUGAUUUUCCCGAUUGAUUUUCUGUGGGAUUCCUGGAGAGAACAAAUUCCCCCCAGUGCACCUAACACUAGUCAGUUUAUGGGAAAUCAACUUAAUUCAGCAAAUGUUGAGUUAAAUUGUCUACUAUGCUCAAAGCACUGUGUUGUGGGAACUAUCAGAGAAGAGCAAGACAAGGCCCUUACCCUCAAGGAACCUUGUCUAGCUGGGAAGAUGAGACAUAUGCCUGUGAAAUAGGCAAUGUUUUCGGGAAGAACUGGUGGCUGGUAACUGAGCCUUCAUUGUUGUUCUGCACUGUCUGACAUGAUGGGACCGGCUUCAGUCUGUGUUCAUCUGGCAUCUGGUGUCCAGCUGGAUGGGCGGAGUGAUUCCUGGACACUUCAGGCCCAGAACCAGCUGCAGUUCAAUAAGAAUGUUCCUACACAUUCAAGCAACUUGGCAAUCCGGUAUUCUCCUCCACAUGCCAUUAAAAUCGAGAAACUGAAGCACUUGCACAGCAAGUCCGACUGUUCUAAAGACUUGGAUUUUAGACACGGUCCUGACCAAAGCAGUUCUGUUUCCUUUUCUGUCAUAUCAGAAGAGAGACUUAGCCAUGCUGUCCACCUCGCCAAAAGAGAUAUGAAACGAAGACAAUUUGAAGAACAUGUAAGACAUCAUCUCAGAAGUCAGCCCCAAGUUUCUCAGAAACACGGAUACACCAAGCAUAAAAUGUCUGACCUUGGUGUGGAUAGGAAGGAAUUGAAGAAUCAAGAGGGUUUUCAUUGCAGCCACCAGCCGCCCAAAGCGGACGUUUCCAGCUCAGGUGCCAGGGUAUACAUCUACACAUCUCAUCCAGGACAGUCGGAUCUGACCGUGCCAAAUUCGCCACCCACCCAUGAUCCAGGACUUCAGCCACGUGCCAGGGUAGGUGACCACAAAAGCCUGUGUGAACACAGAAGCCUGCUAGAAGUUCAGCGACUCCAGAAAAUAUUGAACAAUUGUAUCCAUAAAAUUGAAGAAGUAACUAAAGAAGAGAGAAUGGAAGAAGCCUUGGACCCUGACGAAGAGCGGCGGAUCCGGGUCAGGAGGCAGGAGCAAGCCAUCCGUUCUGCGCGCACGCUCUACGGCCUCCAGCAGCAGGUUAAAGAAAUCCAGGAAGAAUUGGAUAAAUUGAGUCCACAUAAAACUAAGCACACUAAGAAGUCAUGGGCAAUGUCCAGGCUGGCAGCUGCCCAUCGAGGAGCCAUUCGGGCCUUACAGACAUUUGUCACUCUGUUCACUGACCGAGGGGAGCACCCCGUUCCUGCUCAGUAUAGGGAACUGGGCAGUCUCAUUCGCCAGCUGUCACUCUGUUCUGCCAAGUUGGAUGCUGACUCAUCUGUUGCUGAUGUGGUUAUAAAUAUCCUGCAUCAAAUUGAGGCUUUGGAAUCCCUACUGGAAAAGAAACUGUCACCCAAAAAGAUGAAGAAAAGUGUCACUGAAAUUAGCAGAUUUCCAGUUGGUAGCCAGCGGUCCUUAGAGAGGUGGCAAAGUACAUAUCCAAAGAGCGAGAGGAGACCCUUUGUGACAAAGAAGAUAUUUCCACAGGAAACAAGACAACCUUCAGUGGCAAAGAAGGCUCUUGCUGAUAAGUUCCAGUCUGAUAAAGAACUUCCAGUGACCCAGAGGCUGGAGAAUGAGCUUGAUGUGGUCGAUGCAGAUAUCCUUCCAGAAGAAGCUCCAUCUAUUCCAGACCAAAAUGCAAGCUUCAAAGAUGAAGCAUUAGCCCUGGCAAAAACCAAAGCAGUGGGGCAAAAGCCUGUGAUGGAAAACACGCCCCUUAGGAAGAAAGAUGGUCUGCCACCGGCAAGACUACAGCAAGGACUUCACAAAGCUGACAAAAGUAGAUCAGCCCAAUCUCACAGCAAAAGCAGGUUGCAACAGACAACAGUUUCAUCCAGAUUAAAAAUAAACCAACAGCCUGUGAAAGACAGUAGAGCUCCCUGGAUACCUCCAAACCCCACGUCCCCCCCAGCGUCUCCUAAAUGUGCGGCAUGGCUAAAGGUGAAAUCUAGCCCCAAAGAUGCCACAAAAGAGCAGCCUGUCCAGCAGGAAAGUACUCAAGAGGAAAGUCAAGUGACAGGUGCUAUUGAGCACGAAGCAACUAGUGUUUCUGCCACCCAGUUAGCAGACAAGGUAGAGAAGGAAGUCCUGGAGCGUUUGAAGCCUCUGCUGGUCAAGGCCCAGAGAGUCAAUUCUUCUCUGGAAGCGGAUACUCAUUUGAAGGAUUGGCCGUCAGUAAGCCCAGCGACAGCCCAGCCUGCAGAGCAGGCCAGUGCUGUUGACGGUGCACCCAACAACAGUUGUCAGCUAGAUGGCGUGCUGGAAGAUACCACUCAUGAGCUCUGGGCUAGGGCUCAUCCUAAGAUCUUGGAGCCUGACUCCUUAGCCACCUUGGAUGACAGCACGUACCUGGAGACCAUGAUGCUCCGAAUGGAGGAGAUGGAAAAAUACCAGGAGACAGUUCGCCAAAGAUAUAAAAAAAUUGUAUAUACUGAUCCUCAUCUGUGGAUGCAGGAAGGAAAAAAUGACCAGACACUCCCGGCAGUCAGUGCAAGGCCCCUUUCUCCUCAUCCAACCAGGAUCACAAAGACGGCAGCCGGCAGAGACUCAGACGUGAACAUCGUGUUAGAAAGGCCCUGGAAUGGCAAUUCCCUGGAUGAAAGUGUGGGAACAGAGGAGAAGCUAGAGAAAAAAGAGCCUCCCCUUGUCACCGUUCCAGAAGAUUCCGAACCGAGAAAGGGUCGAGCUGCACUCUUUGUCCCAGCUGGUAUGCGGCACCGCAUCGGGGACUACUGCAGCCGGUACGAGCAGUACCUCCGGAUGGUCUCUCACGAGGCCGUGGGCUCCUUCAAUCCGUGGCUGAUUGCCGAAAGUUUUUCAGAAGAGCUGCUAGAUGAAGCUCUGGGGUCCGUGACUGCUGAACUUCAGAAUGUGUGUGAAGAUUACGCAGAAGCUGUGUUCACCUCAGAAUUCUUGGAGGCUGCUGCAUAAAGGCUCCCGACACGGGGGCCCUCGUGUCACACUGGAGAAGUGACGGCACUACCUUGGUUUUGGGUCACAGCGAAUCUUUAUCCUCAGCUGUGGACCCAGGCCCAGAGUUGCUGCCCGCGGACAGGAAGGACGUGCCAGUGAGGUCAUCCUCGCUGUCCCUUCCCACUGUUCCUGCAGUGGUUCAGUCAGUGGUUUGCAUUGGGAUGUGGUCUAUUUAUUAGUGCCCAGGAGAUAUGAAUUGAUUAUGACAAUAUAAUAUUUUCUGGAUGUAUACUUUUCCUACUGACUGAUGUAUUACAUUCACCCAUUGGCUCAGUGUGGUAAUGAGAAUGUUUCGAAAAGUAACUGAUAGGUAUAUUUCACACAUGGACUCAUGGGUGGCAUCCAUCCCAGCAAAAGUGCAGUUCCUGUCUGGUCCCAUCACCUGGUUCAGGUUUCCGUCUGUGGCCGUUUCUCACAGGACACCUGUGCCCACUGGGUCAUGGGCAGGGGCGAGCCCAGGGCUAGGUCAGAGGCCAGACCUCUGCUCUGCGGCAGCUCGCUAGGGAGAGAGCCGCCAGUUACCCGUGCACAACAGCAAACACACAUUCCUCUGACGUUCGCUGCACAGGUCGUUUUCACACUUCAGUCCCCCGAGUCUCUUGUUGUUCCCGGAUGGCACACUCAUACACAGACUUUUUCUGAAUUCAGAGUGGGCUGGCCUUCCCUUGUGCCGGUCGAAGGUGCAGUGCUCACUCCCAUCCCUGGUGAGGGCAGACAUUCCUACAUCCCCAGAGUGCCCAGGGGCCUUGUGCAGGCGGAGAGAACAGGCGUGGUUGGAGUGAGGACCUCUGGGUCUCCAGAGAAAGGAAGAGACUGCAGAGCCAUAACAGCUUGGUCCUCGAACACCUUCUCAGUUACAUUUUACCAAGAGAAAAAGCCUCUGUGUUUUCCGGAACUCUGAAUCCAGAAAAAGGAAUGUGUAAAAAAAGUAAGGCCACUGCCCGGGAAAAGGUUCCCUCCAUUCUUCCCCCCCCCCCCCCCGCCAAGGCGCGGAGCGAGGACUGUGAAGAGGGCGAGGUGGGUCUGCACUGCACGUGUGCGGCGCUGUCUUCGGGGUUUUCUCUGAAGCACUCGUGUUCCAGGUGAUAGUGUGAGCUGCUUGAUCCCACUUGUUUGUACAGAAUUGAUUUUUGUUUAAUGUUAAUGUUUUCUUGAUUAAUCUUACAAGUAACCUCAGAAUUAAAAAGGCUUCAAGGGAAAUGAAAGGUUUUUAAUUUGAGGAAUUACAUGUGUACAUUUGAAUUGAUAGCUUAAAGUUAUUUGUGUGGCAGUAUUUACUGUGCUGAUUUUUUAAAUAAACUCAAUUAUUUUAAAGUA